ACCUUUACAUUUUCUUUGCUGUUCUAUGCUCGUUUUCGGGUCAAUUUUUCGAUCUUGUUUGCGCGUUGUUAGGUGAUCGUAUAACGUAAAUCAAUUUUUAAUUAAGUAAACGCACAUCCAUCGAACUCUUAAAUCUCCGAACUUUAAAUCGAUGGCCUAUUGAGGGUCUUUUAAAUGUUUAGAGAGUAAUCAAAGUCAAAAAAUGGCUGUCCUUGCUGCCGCUCAGCUCUUGGACGAGUUGAUGGGCCGCAACAGAAACGUAGCCCCCAAUGAGAAAGUCAAAGAGUUAAAUUGGGAAGACAACGAAUACUGCAAGUUUUUCAUGGUAAAGUUUUGUCCCCACGACCUGUUCGUCAACACUAGGGCCGACUUAGGUCCAUGCUCGAAAACCCACGACGAGGAGGCGAAAAAAUUGUUUAUUGAUGCCAAGAAAACCCACCACCGCAAACUGCAGUAUAUGGAGGAUUUUCUGCGGUACUGUAGCUCUAUGAUCAGUGAGGUGGAAAGAAAAAUAGUUAAAGGGAAACAGAGACUCGCGUUGAGCAGCAAAAAUACGCUAGCUGCUACGAAUCCCGCGUUAGCGGAGAAAAACCAGGAGAAAAUUGAUAUCCUCAAUGAACGCAUCAAUGAGUUGGAGAAAGAAGCAGAACAGGCUGGUACUGAGGGAAAUGUUGAGCAAGCUCAAGGCUUAAUGAAGCUUUGCGAUCAGUUAAAAGAGGAACGGGACAGUUUGAAGAUGCAAAAUGAGGGUCAGUUAAAUGCCACAAGUCAACUAGCCGUCGAACAAGAAAAACUGAUGGAAGUUUGUGAAGUCUGUGGGGCGUUUCUGAUAGUCGGUGAUGCCCAACAGAGAAUAGAUGACCAUCUCAUGGGUAAACAACAUAUGGGAUACACAAAACUGAAACGAGCCGUGGAUGAGGUUAGCGCCAUGAUCAGGGAAAUUAAAGAUAUUAGAAAAGGGGUUGUUAAGGAUACUAGGGACGAUAAUAGGGAAAAAGAAAGGGAAAGGGACAGAGAAAAAAGGAAAGAGAAAGAAAGGGAUGGAGAGAAGAGGGAAAGGGAAAGAAGAGAGCGAGAAAGGCACAGGACUGAGGAGAGGGAGAAACGUGAGCGGGAAUUUGAUGGGAGGAUUCGGGGUGAUUCGGAACUGGUCCGGGAGACGAAGCUGCGAGAACGGGAGAGGGAGAGGGACAGGGAGCGGCGACAUCGCACUGAUCGCGCAGAAGAUGGCAGACAUCGGUAUCACCACCACGGAAGCUCCUCCCACCGGCACCGCCAUUGAGGUCCGCCGUUUAGUUCAAAAUGACCAGUAAGAUCUCCCAGCCCAGGUAGGUGCCAUUCUACUCAAUCCUAAAUUAUUUUAUCUUUCAGCCAAACAGGUUAGUGCAUUGUUAAGUUCAUCUUUAUUAUAAUAUAAGCAGAACUAGAUUCGUUUUGUAUACGCGGAAAAGUCUUUUUAACUAAUUAGUUGCCCUUUGAUGUCCUUGGAACUGUAACCUAUGAAAAAGACUUUUCCGAAAGUUAAACACGACUAGUUUUUUUUACCUUUUCUAUGGAACAGUCUUUUCCAAUCAAUGUAAGAACAAACCCAAAUCAGAUUGGUUCAUUAUAGGAAUUUUAUAUGGCUGUGUUAUAUAUGAAAAACAUUCUCAAGGUACCAUCUGCCACGCGCGAUUCACAGCACCCACAGUGAAAGGUUGAACUAUUGUGUCGACUAAUUUUCAUUCAAAUUUUGGUGUGGUUUGCAAAUGAUACAAACCGGUUGUGUGUUUGGUGCCAAAUGUUGUCUUAUGAGUUUUCAGCAGUAUGAAAAGAUGGCCCCGCUGCCUCUUCUGCGACCGUCUGCCGUGCGCGCGAUCAUUUUAACAAUAGUUUCGUUAAACGAGGUAUUUAUAUAUGAAUAGUGUAAAUAAUUAAGCAAACGUUGUUUAAUUGUGUGAUAGGGGAAGGUUAACCCAAAGUUUUCAGCGACGAAUCCACACACGACUCUGCCGAUGGGCACAAUCGCUCGCGAUUUUUUGUCUUUGUACGAGGUAUUUAUAGUUUAAGUUUAUCAAAAAAACAUUAAUGUCGUGGUCUUUUCCGUUUACGCACACGCGUGUUUUUUGACUGUUGACUUUUGUGCGCCUGCCACGAGAGGUAUUUAUCCGAAGGUACGCGUUUGGCCGGUACAUUUGAACUACUUGCAUCGCUCGCUAGGUUCAAAACAUCCUGUGUAUUCCAAGGGUUUGUAGAUCAUCUUUGGUUGAAGGUCGCACCCGCUUCUUUUUUUAAUGUCGCAUAAAGCGAAAACGUCAAGAAAUUGUAGUACUUAUUUUCACAUAUAUUAAAUUUGAAGUUUUCACUAUUAGAUAGCUAUUAGAUAAUAUAGGGGCCUAAACGAUAUUUUUGUAGCGCAUGGCCUGGAAGUUCACGCACUAACCACUGUCAUUUUUCCUUCAAACACUAAUUUUCUCCUUGAAAAUUUAUUGGGAGCAGUUACAAAAUGUUGCCGAGAAAAAUGACACUUCCAAACUGAAAACUGUUGAAUUGAAAAUCUGUCAGCGACAAUUUUUCAUAUUUACGUCAACACUGUAUGUCUACAGCUCACUGUACGUUAUCGAUGACGCGAUUUUAAAAACCAUUGUCUGACUUAUUUUGAAUUUAAAUUUCUCUCUUGCGGUUCAGUAGAAAUAAUUUUCUAUAUGCUAUAGAUUGAUGAAACUGCCUUUUGCAUAGUGCGUUUAGUUUUUCUCAUAUGACCACUAGAGACGUGGAGACUGACUUAUGGUGAGGAACGCGUGAAGCAACCAAAACAUUUUUUUUGAGAAGGUCCAUGCGCAUGCGCGACAUUUAACUUCUCGUUUUUAACCAAUGACCUUGUACCAUUCAACAAUUAACAUGGCCGCUGACAGAUCGUCAAUAAAUUUCGAGGGGGCAGUUUUAAGGGCAGUAUUUUGUCAUAAUAUGCCUAAAUCUUCUUAAAUGUUUUGGGAAAACGUGGUAAGUGUGUGGAAAUCACUGUAUAGGAAGAAAACGGCGCAAAAUCCAGGUUAGUGGGUGAAAUGUAGAGGCAUGCGAGGAAAGUCAUUCUCUACGACAAUAUCAGUGCCGCCUACGGCCAUUAGGGCCAUAGCUAUGUGGUUUUCCUUAAUAGAAAUGACCGAAUGUUCUGUUAUUUCAGCUUGACGAGAAGUAACUAACUUUCUUUUGUCUCAGUUCUUGAAGUACUUGUAAUAUUUUAUCAAUUUCAAAAAUUAAAGCUAUUGGAAAUCGUAACCCACUCCAUGGUAUAUGAUGUUUGACGACAAAGUUCAACGAAUACUUCCUUCCAUCUAGUUCUAAAUGUACUAAAAGAUGUCUCGUAGAAUUUAUCCAAUAGAAGCGUGGAAUACAUAGCGGUGUUUAAGAGCCCUUAGAACGCGCGCCCAUUGCCACGCCCCCUCUUCACGUACGGUUCAAAUGUAUCCGCCAACAGGACGAAAAGAAUGCGAAAAAGCUAGCUCGGCCGGUGUCUCAUGCUGUCGUUCGUUGGAUUUUUGCAGUUCGGAGUACAGGUGAAGUGAGGUAACUGAAAGUGGGCGGGCCCGAUGCAACCUAUCCGAGUCUCGUCGACGUAAUAAAAGGUGAUCUAGUAGUAAUCGAUUAUUUUCCUAAUUAGUUUCAUAGUGUUCUGAAAGAGGCAAAGGCGUAAUGAACAAAUUCGAUCGUCAACCUAACCUAAAUUGUACGCCGUUGCCUGGUUCAAUGGGCGGUGUCGCCAUUUGAUUUGUUGUGUAAACCCAGAGUGUUGUAUAUAAUUUAGGUUCGUACAAUUUUCACUUUAUAUUUGAUUAUUAGAGAUUUGUGUCAGUC